CUCUCCUUCGUCCCUUUGAUUCCCACAUUUUUUUGCUCCCAUAGAUGUGAAUCAAUUCAAGUACAGAAAAACCCAGGAAGACAAGAUGGCAGCCAUGCUGUUACUAACGGGUCGUGAUGGCUUGCAGCGGUUCACUCCGGAGUCCUUGGCUGCUAUGGAGAAGCGGAUUGCAGAUGAGCAGGCCAAAAGCAAUAGGGGUUGCCAGGAGGAGCAAAGUAACACGGAACCUUCCAGUCCUAGGGUCGACCUAGAGGCAGGCAAGCAGCUUCCGCGUGUUUACAGUGAUGUCCCUCCGGAACUUAUUGGAGUGCCACUCGAAGACAUCGACCCCUUUUACUACAAGAACCAGAGGACAUUUGUAGUACUGAGCAAAGGGAGAAUCAUCUUCAGAUUCAGUGCCACGUCGGCACUUCAUCUUUUCAGUCCAUUUCAUUUUGUCAGAUUGUUUGCCAUAAAAGGUUUAGUCCAUUCAUUCUUCAGCCUCUUCAUAAUGUUCACCAUACUAACUAAUUGUAUUUUCAUGGCCAUGUCUGACCCAGCACCAUGGACCAAAUAUCUGGAGUAUACAUUUACUGCUGUUUAUACUUUUGAGUCGGUGAUAAAGAUAUUAGCCCGAGGAUUCUGUCUAGUGCACUUCACUUUUCUGCGGGACCCGUGGAACUGGCUGGACUUCACUGUCAUUGUCAUGGCGUACGUGACGGAAUUCGUAGACCUCGGAAACAUCUCUGCAUUGAGAACUUUCAGAGUGCUACGAGCUCUAAAAACAAUCUCAGUUAUUCCCGGUCUGAAGACCAUCGUCGGGGCUCUGAUCCAGUCUGUGAGGAAACUGGCUGAUGUGAUGAUCCUAACCGUCUUCUGCCUCAGCAUCUUUGCCCUGAUCGGCCUGCAGCUUUUCAUGGGAAUCCUGCGUCAGAAAUGUGUACGCAGUCUUGCACACUGCAUUAACGCCUCCCGCGGCUUCAGCGCUUCCUUCAUGUGCAACAACAGAACCUGGAGCUCCAGGGCAGACUUUCUCAGCAGUGAAGAGAAUUACUACAAAAUAGAAGGUGCAAAGGAUGCCUUAAUAUGCGGAUACGGAAGCGAUGCAGGGAAGUGUCCGGACGGAUUCGACUGCCUCAAAGUCGGAAGAAACCCAAACUACGGCUACACCAGCUUCGACAGCUUCGGCUGGGCAUUUCUGUCUCUUUUCAGACUCAUGACACAAGACUGCUGGGAAAAACUGUUUCAUCAGACUCUGCGCUCAGCCGGAAAGACCUACAUGGUUUUUUUUGUGCUGGUAAUCUUCCUGGGCUCCUUCUACCUGGUCAACCUUAUCCUGGCCGUCGUGGCGAUGGCCUACGAGGAGCAAAAUCAGGCAACCAUAGCAGAGUCCUGGCAGAAGGAAAGAGAAUUUCAGCUGGCUAUAGAACACCUUCGACGAGAACACAGAUUGGCAGGAAAGAGACAGGCCCAGGAGAGAAACUCGGUUUUGUUUCCUGAGUGUUCUCCGUCACGUCUGAAGACAGGAAGUGCAAGAAAAAACAGCAGCAGCAGGAGAAAAAAGUCUUGGGGGAUGUUGUCGGAGGAAACAGAAGAGGAAGCCGGAGAGGAGACCUUUGACCCCUUGAAUGAACAAAUGCGUCGUCUUUCCCUGCUGCCUGCCCACCCUCUGCUUGCCACACUCUCGUCUCACCCGCUAAGCACCAGAAGAGCUAGCCAGAACAGCAUCUUUAGCUAUUUCCAGACACGAAACAACUCUGAGGCUGAAUUUGGAGGCAAUGAUAAUAUCGUUCAAGAAGAUGCCUUUAGAAGUCGCGCCGGCUCAAUAGCAACGCCGUGGAAAAGAAGGACAAGUAAUCUCACCGUCAAUGGGCGAGCGAGUGUUUCCCUGGAGCAAAAUGGAGUCACCACUCCGGGCCGGCACACCCCAACCUCCAUGCUCAGGGGCAACAUUGAAAGAAUCAGAGAACACACUGUGAGUGAUGCUAAGAAAUGCGUCAGUGACAAUCGUGACUACGCUAUUAAGAAACGUUUAACAAUACAGGAUCCAGUUCCUAGGCCUUCACUCACAGCGGCUGAGCCUCCUACAGUUCGCAGAGGGAGAGAACUGAGCUCGGUCAGUUUCUUCAGCGAGGCUAUAGAUGAGCUACAAGAGUCAAGGCAGUGUCAUUCGAGCUGGUACACCUUCGCUAAAAAGUAUCUGAUAUGGGACUGCUGCUCCACGUGGCUGAAGAUGAAGAUGGGUUUGAAGUACCUGGUGAAGGAUCCUUUCCUUGAUCUGGGCAUUACCAUCUGCAUUGUGCUAAACACUCUCUUUAUGGCCCUGGAACAUUAUCCCAUGACUGAGGAGUUCAACUCAAUGCUGUCAGUGGGGAAUCUGGCAUUUACGGGAAUCUUUACAACAGAGAUGGUCCUAAAGGCAAUAGCUCUUGAUCCUUAUCACUACUUUCAGCAAGGGUGGAAUGUUUUUGACGCCGUCAUUGUUUGCCUCAGUCUGAUGGAGUUGGGUCUUUCGAACGUAGAAGGACUGUCUGUCCUGCGCUCCUUUAGACUGUUACGAGUCUUCAAACUGGCAAAGUCCUGGCCGACUCUUAACACUCUUAUCAAGAUCAUUGGUAAUUCCGUUGGCGCUCUUGGAAAUCUGACCCUGGUGCUGGCCAUCAUCGUCUUCAUCUUUGCUGUGGUGGGCAUGCAGCUGUUUGGCAAAAACUACCAGGAUUUUGUGUGUAAGAUCUCCAUGGACUGCCAGCUUCCUCGCUGGCACAUGAAGGAUUUCUUUCACUCCUUCCUGAUUGUAUUCCGAGUCUUGUGCGGCGAGUGGAUCGAGACUAUGUGGGACUGCAUGGAGGUAGCAGGGCAGCCCCUCUGCAUACUUGUCUUCAUGUUGGUCAUGGUCAUUGGAAACCUUGUAGUGCUCAAUCUUUUCCUGGCUCUGUUGCUCAGCUCCUUCUGCGCCGAUAACCUCUCCGCUCCAGAUGAGGACGGUGAUUUGAACAACAUCCCCAUUGCUAUCGCUCGAGUACACUCUGGCAUCACCUGGCUCUUCAACCUCAGGAAAAGACAGUCAGGAAACAGUCAGGCGCUGAAGGUUGUUGGUAACCACGUGGGAAGCAAUGGUGGGGUUUCUGUUUGCUUUCAAGAAAAAAAGCCCAUUCAGUUGGAGGACAGCUACAUGAUCAACCCCAACCUUACUGUCAUUGUGCCCAUCGCACCUGGAGAGUCCGAUUUGGAUUGUAAUGAGGAGGAGGAGAUUUCCGAGUCAGCCGAGGAUGAGGAUAACAAACUGGAGCCAAUCAGCCUAUCAGAAGGCAGCACAGGGGAUUUGGAGAAGCUGGGAGAUGACUUAGACCAAUCAUCAGAGCUGGCUCAGGAGAGUAUGGAGCCAGAGGAGUGCUUCCCAGAAGUGUGCAUCAGACAUUGUCGGUGCUGUGACGUAGACUCCAGUGAUGGUCUGGGUGAGGUGUGGUGGAGACUAAGAAAGACCUGCUACCACAUUGUGGAGCACAGCUGGUUUGAGAGCUUCAUUAUCUUCAUGAUCCUGCUCAGCAGUGGAGCUCUGACUUUUGAGGAUAUCUACAUAGAAAAGAGAAAGGUUGUGAAGGUAAUGCUGGAGUCUGCUGACAAAGUCUUCUCCUACAUCUUUGUGCUGGAGAUGUUCCUGAAGUGGAUCGGGUAUGGCUUCAGGAAAUAUUUCACCAACUUCUGGUGCUGGCUGGACUUUCUCAUUGUGGAUGUGUCCUUGAUAAGUCUAGUGGCAAAUUCGCUCGGUUAUUCUGACUUCGCUGCCAUCAAAUCGCUCAGGACACUCAGGGCUCUAAGACCUCUGAGAGCCCUCUCCAGAUUUGAAGGAAUGCAGGUGGUGGUCAACGCUCUCAUAGGAGCAAUCCCUUCCAUCAUGAACGUACUGCUGGUGUGUCUCAUCUUCUGGCUCAUCUUCAGCAUCAUGGGCGUCAAUUUGUUUGCCGGCAAGUUUGGCAAGUGUGUGAACAGAACGGGCUUCAUUCACAACAUCACUAUCGUCAACAACAAGUCCGAGUGCCUUUCAAUUAACAACACUCAGUUCUACUGGACGAAAGUGAAGGUCAACUUUGACAACGUGGGAAUCGGGUACCUCUCCCUUCUGCAAGUGGCUACCUUCAAAGGAUGGUUGGAGAUCAUGCAGGCUGCGGUUGAUUCUAGAGGGGUGGAGGACCAGCCUGUCCGAGAAAUCAACCUCUACAUGUACCUGUACUUUGUCAUCUUCAUCAUAUUUGGCUCCUUCUUCACCCUCAACCUUUUCAUAGGGGUCAUCAUUGACAAUUUUAAUCAGCAGAAAAGAAAGUUAGGAGGACAGGACAUCUUCAUGACUGCCGAGCAGAAGAAAUACUACAACGCGUUGAAGAAAUUAGGAUCAAAAAAACCUCAAAAGCCAAUUCCCAGACCUAGGAACAUUAUUCAAGCCUUCUUGUUCGAUUUAGUGUCGAAACAAACCUUCGACAUCCUAAUCAUGGUGCUCAUCAUCAUCAACAUGGUAACCAUGAUGGUUGAAACAGAUGAGCAGUCCGGACACACCAAGUCCAUCCUUGACAAAAUCAACCUGGGCUUCAUUACUAUCUUCACCACGGAGUGCGUGAUCAAGCUCCUUGCCCUACGCUGCUACUUCUUCACCGCUGCGUGGAACAUUUUUGAUUUUGUGGUGAUAAUCCUCUCUAUAGUGGGCAUUGUUCUCGCCGAUAUCAUUGAGAAGUACUUUGUGUCGCCGACCCUGUUUCGAGUCAUUAGACUGGCCCGGAUUGGGCGCCUCCUUCGACUCAUACGUGCAGCCAAAGGAAUUCGAACUUUGCUCUUUGCCUUAAUGAUGUCAAUGCCGGCGCUGUUUAACAUCGGCCUCCUACUUUUUCUUGUCAUGUUCAUUUAUGCCAUAUUUGGAAUGGCCAACUUUGCUUACGUGAAAAAGCAGGACGGUAUCGACGACAUGUUCAACUUUGAGACCUUCGGAAAUAGCAUGAUCUGUCUCUUUCAAAUCAGCACGUCUGCAGGCUGGGACAACCUCCUAAGUCCGAUAUUGUCCAGCUCCCCAGUCGAGUGCGACGUCGACGUCGUCAACGUUGGCACCAACACCAGGGGGAACUGUGGCAGCCCAUCGGUGGGCAUAGCCUUCUUUGUUAGUUACAUCAUCAUUUCCUUCCUCAUUGUGGUGAACAUGUACAUAGCGAUCAUUCUGGAGAAUUUCAGCGUGGCAACGGAGGAAAGCACGGAGCCCCUGAGCGAGGACGACUUUGAAAUGUUCUACAAGGUCUGGGAGAAGUUCGACUCGGAGGCUACGCAGUUCAUUGAGUUCUCGAUGCUGCCCAGCUUCGCUGACUCUUUGUCUGAGCCGCUGCGCAUUGCGAAGCCCAACAUAAGCAAAUUGAUUUACAUGGACCUUCCCAUGGUUAGCGGGAACAGGAUCCACUGCUUGGACAUUCUGUUUGCCUUCACAAAGCGUGUCCUUGGAGAGUUCGGUGGAAUGGAUACACUUAAGCAGCAAAUGGAGGAGAAGUUUAUGAUGGCAAACCCUUCCAAGAUUUCCCACGAGCCUAUCACCUCUACAUUCCGACACAAAAUAGAAGAGGAGUCCGCAGUGGUGAUCCAAAGGUCCUACAGGAGGCACUUAGUUUUCCGGCAGAUUAAAAAGGCGUCCUACCUCUACCGACAAAUAGUGCACCGUCCGACUGUGAUGAACGUGGAGAAUGCUCCCGGAACUGAGGAGCCUUUCACCUACAUGGUAGAGCACUACAGGCCUGAGGGUGUAGAGACCACAAUGUCCUCACCACCAUCUUAUGACACUGUGACCAAAGCGGCUUGUGAUCUUUCUCGGGUUGUCAAAUUGAUGUCUAGAGAUCAGAAGCAGCCUGAUGAAAAAAGCUGAGAGAACUUUGAGGAUGAGCUGAGAAUGACUGUUUUAGAUUAUAUAUUUUUUUUUUCACAUAGUUCAUGAUACGCUAAACCUACAUGGCGGCAUUUUAAGCUAAUUUCCAAUGAGAUAUCCGACAUUGUUAAAUACGCCCCUCUGUUAUUUAAAGUCACAGGUUACUAGAAGUAGGUACAGAUAUAGCACUUUGCUCAGUGAAAAAUAUUGUUAUUUGCAAAGCAAAACAACUUCAUUACACGAAACGCAAAGGAAACAUAAGCAGUAGAUAAGUCGAUAAAAUGGCUACAAAAAUACAGUAUUUUCCGGACUGAAAGCUGUUCCUGAGUAUGUAAGUCACACCAGCCAAAAAAAAAAGUCAAAAUGAAGAAGAAAAAAAAACAUGUAAUAAGUCACUCCGAAGUAUAAGUUGCAUCAGCCAGCUUGAGUGCCCUCUAGUGGCUGUCAGUGGGAAAAUAACGAACAAGAAUAUUUUCCAGUGGUGCAGGAGU